AUGGCGAGUGAGCCGCGGCUGCUCUUUGCGGUGCCCAAGAAGGGGCGACUGCACGACAAGAUCCUCCAGUUGCUGCAAGGCGCUGGUCUGGACUACCACCGUCCGAAUCGGGUGGACAUUGCGCUGUGCUCGAGUCUCCCGGUCACGCUCGUGUUUCUCCCAGCGGCGGAUAUCGCGGCAUACGUUGGUCAAGGCAACCUGGACUUGGGGAUUACGGGACAAGACAUUAUUGCCGAAAGCCAGACGGAGGUGGACGAGCUCUUGCGGCUGGGCUUUGGACGCUGUUCGCUUGGGGUGCAAGCGCCUGUGAAGGACGCUGUGAAGUCCCCGGAUCAAUUAGCAGGCAAACGCAUUGUCACGUCGUUCCCAGAAGUGACGCGGGAGUAUUUCAAGCAGUUUGAGACUGGAACGACGGGGGUGACCAAGAUCAAGUACGUCUCGGGGUCCGUGGAAGCAGCGUGCUCGCUGGGCUUGGCGGAUGGAAUUGUGGACUUGGUCGAGACGGGCACGACGAUGAAAGCAGCGGGGCUUGAGCUCAUUUCGACCAUCUUGAACACGGAGGCAGUUCUGAUUGCUAACCCUCAUUCGGCGCACAAGGAGAUUGUGCACCUUGUGCACCAGCGCAUUCUUGGCUACAUUACAGCGACCAAGUACAAGAUGGUGACGUACAAUGUGGACAAGGAGAAGCUCGAAGCGGCGUCGAAGAUUACCCCGGGACGACGAUCCCCAACAGUGAAUGGACUGGUGGGAGGAGGCUUUGCUGUGUCGGCGGCGGUUGAGGUCAAGGACGUGUCUGACGUCAUGGACAAGCUGCAUGACGUUGGCGCGACGGACAUCAUGAUCUUUAACAUCGAGAACUGCCGCGCGUAG